AUGGCCGCCACCGACAAGGCAAUUGAAGAAGCUGCGGCUUUCCACGAUGAAACGACCCAGAAAAACCGCACCAACCAUGACCUGGUGGAUAAGGAGGUUGCGAAAUAUGCCACCGACACUGCCAUUGAGGUUGAUGAGGCGACGAGCAAAAGGCUGAAGAGGAUGAUAGACAAGCGUGUUCUUGUCGUUAUGAUGGUGACUUAUUUGAUCCAGACCAUUGACAAAGGGGCGCUGUCUUUUGCCUCUGUCAUGGGUAUUAUUGAGGACACCAACCUCCAGGGUAACCAGUACCAAUGGUUGACGACAGUUGUCUACCUCGCCGUGCUGGUUGUCGAGUUUCCGGAAAACUGGAUUCUGCAGCGCGUGCCCAUUGCCAAGUGGCUGUCGCUUAAUAUCUUCCUCUGGGGAAUAUGUAUGUCGCUCAUUGCAGCAGUGCCGAAUUUCACUGGGCUGGUCAUCCUGCGUACAUUCAUGGGUGUGUUCGAGGCUGUGUGUCAGCCGACGUUCGUGUUGCUGUCUGCAACGUGGUACAAGCGAGAGGAGCAGUCGAGCGUUAUCAACAUCUAA